UCGCUUAGAGCGGUUUAUUUUCUCGACGAUAUUCUCAACCGAUUUCCCAGCCGGUGGUAUUAACUUGAUUAACUGGGACUUUAUUGUGACACUUUCUCCGAAUCGGCGCUCGUAAUCGAAGCGUGCAUAGCUAUAGAUAGAUAGUGUGUGUUGAGUGUUGUGUUUUGUGUGUUGGGAAAUUCCGGACCCACGAAAUGGCCACGCGAUUUAUGGAUAUAGUAAAGCUGACCUUUAAGGUCCUUAAAUUUAAGUAUGAGCAGCGGAAAUUGGCCACAGCUAUAUAUUCUGUGAUUAAGACAAAACUAGGACCAGUUCGCGGAGAGAAAAGGAACACAAUAUGGGGAGGAAGUUACUACAGUUUCGAAAAGAUUCCCUUCGCCAAGCCACCGCUGGGAGAGCUGCGUUUCAAAGCUCCGGAGGCAGUAGAUCCUUGGGAUAAAGAACUGGACUGCACCUCGGCGGCUGAGAAGCCUUUGCAGACACACAUGUUCUUCAGAAAGUUUGCAGGCUCUGAGGAUUGCCUCUACCUAAAUGUCUAUGCAAAAGAUUUGCAACCCAACAAACUGCGUCCUGUGAUGGUUUGGAUCUAUGGUGGUGGAUUUCAAGUGGGCGAAGCUUCUCGGGACAUGUAUAGUCCGGAUUUCUUCAUGUCCAAGGAUGUGGUCCUUGUCACCGUGGCCUAUCGACUCGGAGCUCUGGGUUUCCUCAGCCUGGAUGAUCCCCAGUUGGAUGUACCGGGCAAUGCGGGUCUCAAGGAUCAAAUCAUGGGCCUUCGUUGGGUGCAACAGAAUAUAGAGGCUUUCGGUGGAGAUCCCAAGAAUGUCACACUCUUUGGCGAGAGUGCAGGUGGAGCUUCAACCCACUUUCUUGCCUUAAGUCAUCAGACUGAAGGACUUAUCCACAAGGCAAUUGUGAUGUCGGGCAGUGUGUUGUGCCCUUGGACACAACCACCACGCAAUAAUUGGGCCUAUCGUCUGGCCCAGAAACUGGGAUACACGGGCGAUGACAAGGACAAGCCAAUCUUUGAGUUUUUAAAGUCAGUAGAUGGCGGAGAAAUUGUCAAGGCAUCUGCCACCAUACUGAGCAAUGAUGAGAAGCAUCAUCGAGUGCUCUUUGCCUUUGGACCUGUUAUGGAAUCAUAUAGAACGGAACACACAGUGAUAGACAAGCCAGCCUAUGAGUUAAUGCAGAAUCCUUGGAGCAAUCGGGUGCCCAUGAUGUUUGGAGGCACUAGCUUUGAGGGUUUGCUUUUCUAUCCAGAGGUCUCAAGACGUCCUGCCACCCUGGACGAGGUGGGCAACUGCAAGAACCUGUUACCCAAAGACCUAAGUCCAAAUUUGGAUAAAAAGCUGCGGGAGAACUACGGCCUGCAGCUGAAGAAGGCCUACUUUGGUGAAGAGUCCUGCAACCAGGCUAAUAUGAUGAAGUUCCUUGAACUUUGCUCCUACCGGGAGUUCUGGCAUCCCAUUUAUCGGGCUGCUCUGGCCCGAGUGCGGCAAUCAAGUGCCCCCACAUAUCUCUACCGCUUCGAUCAUGACUCCAAACUGUGUAACCCUAUCAGGAUUGUGCUCUGUGGUAACCAAAUGCGUGGAGUGUGUCAUGGAGACGACCUGGGUUACCUCUACCACAGCAUGUUGUCCCAUCAAUCUGCCCCAGAUUCACCAGAAUACAAAGUAAUCAAAGGCAUGGUUGAUGUAUGGACGAGUUUUGCCGCCAAUGGAGAUCCCAAUUGUGAGAGUAUUAAGGAUGUAAAGUUUGCUCCCCUCGAGGAUGAAAACGAUUUCAAGUGCCUGAAUAUAACUGAGCCUUUUAAGUAUAUCACGUUACCGGAAUUGAAGAAAAUCGAAACUGUGUGGAAUGGCUUCUAUGCCCCCAAUCAGCUGUAGUUGCAAUGCAUCUUAGUGAUUUGGCUGUCUCAAUUCCAUGAACUUGGGAUGGAUGAUCUUAAAUUGUGUAAAUAAGCUGUACAAAUGUUGUGGUUAUUUUAAGUUUGAGAUGAUAAUUGUUUAAUUUAAUAUAUUGUGUAUUUAGCUUGUAACCGUGAUAAAAAAAAAAAACAUAUGUGGUUUAAGUUCGAUUUUACAAAAGGUAAUAAAAUUAUGCUUUAAUUUUUUGUAUACAU